UUUGUUCUUCUUUAGUCUAUAGCAGUUUUCUUGAAUCUUUAUUCAUUAGUUAAAACCUUCAUCGAUUUAUCAAAUUUAUUUGAAUUGUCAACAAAUAGAAGGAUAAAAUGGCUUCAACACCAACCAUCACCAAAUUUCCUCAUGUUGCUGCUCUAGAUAAAGAUAACAAGGUUGAAUUUGAAACCCCAAUUGAGGGGCAAAUCGAAGCUGGACAGAUUCCUUCCUGGCUUUGCGGAACAUGGUAUAGGAAUGGUCCCGGAAUGGUUCAUUUUAAUGAGCAAAGUGUUGCACAUUGGUUUGAUGGAAUGUCUCUUCCAAGAAAGUUUCAGAUCAAGAACGGAAAAGUAUUUUAUCAAAGUCGUUUCAUGAAAGGACAAAGUUACACUAAAAACAUGGACGCUGGUCGAGUCGUUGUUCCAGAAUUCGGAACUAAUGUACAAACGAAACUGAGGGCUGGAUUUUUGUCAAAAGGAGCCAGCUCUUCACUCAGCUAUCUUCGUAUGAUAGAGGAACGAGCCGCUUCUAUGGUUUCUCUACCUGAGUUCACCGACAAUUGCUUGAUCAACUAUUUAUACAUUGGAGAACAUUUAUUUGGAAUCAGUGAAACUAAUCUCGUCCGUAGAAUCGAUCCUGAUACACUGGAAACCCUGGAAAAGGUUGAUUUAUCGAAGUACGUACCAAUCAACUUGAUGUCUUCAAAUCCCAUAGUCGAUAGCGAAGGAACAACCUACAAUUUCACGACUUCCCUGUUCAGCAUGGGAAGAACUAAAUACAAUCUAAUUAAAAUUCCAAAAUCAGAUCCAGGUACUCCUUUCGCUGAUGCCCUAAGCAAGGCUAAAACAGUUCAAAGCGUCGACUCGGAAUGGCGUUUGAGUCCAUCCUAUCACCACAGUUUUGCUAUGUCUGACAAGUAUGCAGUAUUCACGGAACAACCCUUCAAGCUUUCUGUACCAAAAAUUGCGAUGGCUCAUUGGACUAAAAUGAGUUACAGUGAUGCACUUGAAUAUCAUACUGAAUUAAAGACUCACUUUCAUGUUAUCGACAAAGAGACGGGAAAUUUGCUUUCAACAAAUUAUGUCACCGAUGCGAUGAUCGUAUACCAGCACAUUAAUGCUUACGAAGAAGAUGAUCACCUUAUUUUGGACCUUUGCCAGUUUGACAAUCCAGUUUUCUUUCACAAAUACACCAUGAAAAAUUUGCAAAUGUCUCCCGAAGAAUACGUGAAAGAAUUUAACAAGGCAGAAAAUGUUAUCAGAGCUAAACGAUUCGUUAUACCAUUGAAUGCAUCUAAGAAAUCACCAGAAGAUGAAAACUUGAUCACGCUCCCAGGAACUACUUGCACCGCAUUCAAUGUCAAAGGAAACAUUGUGCUGACUGGAGAAACAAUCACCGAAAACACAGACUAUCCGACGAUCAAUCCCAAAUUUAUGGGAAAGAAAUAUAACUACUUUUACUCAACCGGAGGUGCUGUGCUCCCCCCUGGUGAAAAGAUCAUGAAAAUUGACAUUGCUGGAAAGAAAAUACUGAAAACCUGGCAAGAAAAAGGAUGUUGGGCAUCAAGACCAGCUUUUAUUCCACGACCAAAUGCCACGGACGAAGAUGACGGUGUUAUCCUCUCAUCCGUUCACCGAGAGGGCGGUAAUUCAUUCCUGCUGAUGUUGGAUGGACGCACAUUUGAAGAAACUAGAAUCUCCUUCGACGCCAUCAUUCCUCCAGAUCUCAACGGAGUUUUUGUUCCACAAAAGUAGAAAGAAAGGACUGACGUCGGUACCUACCAACUCGACUAACUACCCUUCUUCUGAUUUCCACCACUGUUAACCAAUUUUUGAGACUGCGAGCAAAAAAGUUACAGCCCAUGAGCCAUUGUGAAUUCGUAUCAAUCGAAUGUAUAUUUUAACACUAUGUUGUCAACAAUUAAGUCAUUUUCAGCCCAAAAUUUAAAAAUUGUAAACUUUUCAAAUAUUGGCAAAUUAAGAUAAUAAACAAAUGUACGGUCGUUAAAUUAAAAUUAUAUAAACAUAUAUAUAUAUUUAUAACUUAAUAAACUGUUAUAUAUCAUA